CGGGCCGGCGUGACGGGCAGGGGAGGUGGUGCCAGGCUGGUUGCUAGCUGCUGCCGCCGCAGCCUCCCGGCCGCUUCAUUGUCACUCGGCCUCGGGGCAGUGUUGGGGGGCGCGGGGCGCCAGAUCGCCGACCCGAGGUUUGGGCGCGACUGGUUCCACGGGCCCCGCGCCCCAGGCCCGCUUGGCGGCCGCGCCCCCGGCCCGCUCAGGACCUGCCUCAAACACCAUGAAAGGCACCCGGGCCAUCGGCAGCGCCCCGGAGCGCAGCUCGGCAGGCGUGGACCUGAGUCUGACAGGUCUCCCUCCACCUGUGUCCCGGCGCCCUGGCAGUGCUGCCACCACCAAGCCCAUCGUCCGCUCUGUCUCCGUGGUCACAGGCAGUGAGCAGAAGAGGAAGGCGCUGGAGGCUAUAGGACCUGGAGGCUCCCGAGCCAUCAACAACCUUCGAAGAUCCAACAGCACCACGCAGGUCAGCCAGCCUCGGAGCAGCUCCCCCAGGUUGACAGAACCCACGGACUUCCUGACGCUCUUCAAGGGCAGCCCCAGCGAGAGAAAGAAGCUGGACAGCCUGCGCACAGCCCCCAGCGAGAAGGGAGCCACCUGGAACGUCCUGGAUGACCAGCCCCGGGACUUCACCUUGCCCUCCAAUGCCCUGAGUUCCAGUGCCCUUGACUCACCGGCGGGCCCGCGGAGGAAAGAAUGCUCCGUGGCCCUGGCCCCCAGCUUCACUGCUAACAACAGGAGCAACAAGGGAGCCGUAGGCAACUGCGUCACCACCAUGGUGCACAACCGCUACACCCCCUCGGAGAGGUCACCCCCACUCAAGAGCUCCAACCAGACCACCCCCUCCCUCAACAACAUCCUCAAGGCAGCCACCCGAGAGAGCAGCGAGAGCAGUGGCUUCGGGAAGCCACCAAAAAACAUCACCAGUGCCACCCACUCAGCCCGGAACAACACUGGGGGCGCCAUGAGCCUGCCUGGGUGGAAGGAGGUGACGGAGGAGGAGGCCGAGAGGUUUAUCCACCAGGUGAACCAGGCCGCUGUCACCAUCCAGCGCUGGUACCGCCAGCAGGUGCAGCGGCGCCGAGCAGGAGCUGCCCGCCUGGAGCACCUGCUGCAGGCCAAACGGGAGGAGCAGCGGCAGCGGCUGGGCGAGGGGACCCUCUUGGACCUGCACCAACAGAAAGAGGCUGCCAGGAGGAAGGUCCGAGAGGAAAAGGCACGCCAGGCCAGGCAAGCGGCCAUUCAGGAGCUGCAGCAGAAACGAGCUCAGAGAGCCCAGAAGGUGAGCUCUGCUGAGCGGGGGCCACCCGAGAAUCCCCUGGAGACCAGAGUGCCAGGGAUGCAGCAGCCUGCUCAGGAGCCAUCCUCCACGCUGGGUGGCACUGCCUACCAGGCCCUCAAGGCCAACAAUGCUGGUGCUGGCCUCCCUGCUGCAGGCCCUAGAGACCGCUGCCCACUCACCUCCAACUCAUCUCCGGAACCGCAGCAGCCUCCAGAGGACAGGAUGCAGGACGUCCUCACCCAGGGUGCAGCUGGCGACAACCUGGAGAUGGUAGCCCCAAGCAGGGGCAGUGCCAAGUCUGGGGGGCCACUGGAGGAGCUGCUGCACACACUGCAGCUGCUGGAGAAGGAGCCAGAGCCACUGUCCUGCCCCAGGGUCCAUCGCAAGGGCAGAUACGCCUGGGCCAGUGAGGUGGCCGAGGUGUGCGCCCUGCCCUGCCCAGCCUGGCUGCUGGAGGAUGACGCCAGCUCUCUGACAGCUGACAACCUGGAGAAAUUUGGAAAACUCAGCGUGUUCCCUGAACCCCCUGAGAAUGGGACGCUGCUCUCGGAGGCCAAGCUACAAAGCAUCAUGAGCUUCUUGGAUGAGAUGGAGAAGUCUGGGCAGGACCAGCCAGACCCCCAGCAGGAGGUGGCCCCUCACCAGACUGCACCUGGCUGCCGGGGGGAAGAGGGGCAGGUGCCGCAGGCGGGGCUGGGGCCUCUGGAGCCAGGGUCCGAGGUGGGCACAUCUGUGAUGCGGCUAAAGCUGGAGGUGGAGGAGAAGAAGCAGGCCAUGCUGCUGCUGCAGAGAGCACUGGCACAGCAGCGAGACCUCACGGUCCGGCGGGUCAAGGAGACAGAGAAGGCACUGAGCCGGCAGCUGCAGCGGCAGAGGGAGCACUACGAGGCCACCAUCCAGCGUCACCUGGCCUUCAUCGACCAGCUGAUUGAAGACAAGAAGAUCCUGAGUGAGAAGUGUGAGGCUGUGGUAGCUGAGCUGAAGCAGGAGGAUCAGAGGUGCUCUGAGCGUGUGGCCCGGGUGCAGGAGCAGCAUGAGCUGGAGAUUAAGAAACUCAAAGAAAUAAUGAGCGCCACGGAGAAAGUCCACCGGGAGAAGUGGAUCAGUGAGAAAACCAAGAAGAUCAAGGAGAUCACUGUCCGAGGCCUGGAGCCAGAGAUCCAGAAGCUGAUUGCCAGGCACAAGCAGGAGCUGCGGAGGCUCAAGAGCCUGCACGAGGCGGAGCUGCUGCAGUCGGACGAGCGGGCCUCCCAGCGCUGCCUGCGCCAGGCCGAGGAGCUGCGGGAGCAGCUGGAGCGUGAGAAGGAGGCGCUAGGCCAGCAGGAACGCGAGCGUGCUCGGCAGCGGUUCCAGCAGCACCUUGAGCAGGAGCAAUGGGUGCUGCAGCAGCAACGGCAGCGUCUGUACAGCGAGGUGGCCGAGGAGAAGGAGCGGCUGGGCCAGCAGGCAGCCAGGCAGCGGGCAGAGCUGGAGGAGCUGAGGCAACAGCUGGAAGAGAGCAGCUCUGCGCUGACCCGAGCCCUGAGGGCUGAGUUUGAGAAGGGCAGGGAGGAGCAGGAGCGCCAGCACCAGAUGGAGCUGAAGGCCCUGAAGCAGCAGCUGGAGCUGGAGAGGCAGGCGUGGGAGGCCGGCUGCGCCAGGAAGGAGCGCAUGUUCCCCCAGGAGGUGUGGCUGCUGAACCGGGAACAGGAGCUGAGGGAAGAAAUCCGGAAAGGCCGGGACAAGGAGAUUGAGCUUGUCGUUCACCGGCUGGAGGCCGACAUGGCGCUGGCCAAGGAAGAGAGUGAGCGGGCUGCUGAGAGCCGCAUCAAGCGCUUACGGGACAAGUAUGAGGCAGAGCUCUCGGAGCUGGAGCAGUCGGAACGGAAGCUUCAGGAGCGGUGCUCAGAGCUGAAGGGCCAGCUUGGGGAGGCCGAAGGGGAGAACCUGCAUCUGCAGGGCCUUGUGCGGCAGAAGGAGCGGGCGCUGGAGGACGUGCAGGCAAUGAACCAGCAGCUCACCAGGGAGCGCAGCAACCUGGCUCAGGUGAUUCGCCAGGAGUUCCAGGACCGGCUGGCAGCUUCUGAGGAGGAGACGCGGCAGGCCAGGGCCGAGCUGGCCGCACUGCAGGCCCGGCAGCAGCUGGAGCUGGAGGAGGUGCAUCGGAGGGUGAAGACAGCCCUAGCGAGGAAGGAGGAGGCCAUGAGCAGCCUGCGCACACAGCAUGAGGUGAGUCCCUGCGGCCAGCCCUGUGGGACCCCGGGGCCGGGAGCGGGCCUGACCCUGAGGGUGUGUUGCAGGCUGCAGUGAAGCGGGCUGACCACCUGGAGGACCUGCUGGAGCAGCACAGGCGGCCUGCACUGAGCAGCAAGUGACCAGGGAUACUGGGACACCGUCCACAGACGGAAAGCAGAGGACAGAGGGUGGACUUGGGCCUGGAGAUCACAGGGACGCCUGCCUGCCCGCCGAAGAGGCUGGUGUUGGAGAUGCCAGCGGCCAAGCACCUGUGGCUACAUUUUAACAGUAAAGGGUCCGCUUUUUUCAA